AUGGAGCCAACUGAAGUCGUUGACAGCCUUCGUGGGCUUGUGGCCGUCGCCGACAAUGCAUUCCGAAGCACAUACGAUUUUGCGAAGGACAAGAUUGACCCGUUCAUGGACAUCAAGAGGCGUGACGAAAUCCGCCGCGUUGCAACCGAGAUCCAAGACCUGGCUGGAUUACUGCAUCGACUCACUUUGGUGGCUUCCACCUUUGACGAAGAUCACGAUCAGGUUCUUGAUGAUGUUUAUGGCCUCCGCUCGCCGAAGCUACCGCAACAGCUAUUCUCUUGCCGACAGACACUGAUGAAACUCGAGGCAAGCUUGAGCCGUAGGAAGCUUACCUACGAUGUCAUAAAACGGGAGGAAGAUCUCAAACCACGAGCAAAGCUGAGAUGGCCCUUCACGACAGCGUGGACCGUUGACCUGAUACAAGAAAUUGGUCAACACAAAGAGGCUGUUACUAGGGCUCUCUCCUCCAACUCCAUGAACGAGCUGCUGCAAAGCUUUUCUAAAGGGAAAGAUCGACAUUCUCCAAAUCGCAGAGAAGUCAUCAGAAGAUACGUGAUGGGCCGUUGCAGGUUCUCAAAGGAGAACUCCACCGUGACGUCGUUCUUCGCAAGGGUUGACCAUCUUGAAGUCCUCACGCGGACUGUCAGCAAACGAACCCACUGGACAGAGUAUGAGUUGCUGGAACAUGAACCCAUCCGAUGCUGGAUAGACCACGGUAAUUCCAGCGACAAAAGCUCCCAUCUUUGGAUCACAGGCGGCCCUGGAGCCGGGAAGACGACUUUUGCCGCCACACUCAUCGAAACCGCGAUCCAUACACACUAUUCUGAUCAAGCCACCGCGGUAAUCUUUGCCUUCUGUCGAUUCUCAGACCCACGAUCCUACGAAUGCUUUUAUUUCCUCAGCACUCUUCUUGCCCAGAUUGCCGUACAGCACCCAUCGGCAAUGACUAUACUCGGGAAAUACUACUCCGAGUUGCGAACUCGAAGACUAGUCGAAAUACCGACUAUAGAAAGAAUGAAGACAGUCUUCUUCGCUAUGACGAAAGUGUUUCGGCAGGUCCUAUGUGUCGUUGAUGGGGUGGAUGAGUGCUCUGGCGAGGGCGAUAACGUCACGCAAUUGAUGGCUUCAUUAGCAUCAGAAUCUGGCAACGUCAGAUUAGCCAUGGUGUCGCGUUAUCGGCAAAGAAUAGAGACCACUCUCAAAGGCAGCUUUGGCGAAUCGCUUUGUUGCAAGGAAUUUGAGCCCGACAGACACCAGCUGGAAGUGUUCGCCGCCACAGAGAUUGAGAAGAUGGCCAUGGGGGCGAAUUCAGUCUUCCACAACUUGCGACUGAAAGACAAUGUCAUUCAGAGCCUCGGUCCUGUUAAAAACCCAAAAAGCUUCCGGUUUGCAUCUUGCUCCAUCGAGUAUAUCGCACGAUACGCCACGACGGAAAAUUUGCACGAGAUGUCGAAGACACUUCCGCAAAAUCUGGAAGGGAUAUACAAGCUGACCCUCCAGCGCUUCAACGAACAACCGGCUUCAACCAAAGCUCUGAUUCAAUCUGCUCUUCAGUUGACCGCGUUCUCGGACCCUCCACUCACGAGCCAUGAGCUUUGCCAGGCGCUAUCGGUGGCAAGCAUACCCGGGCUGGAUGCCGAUGAGUUGGAAUACCCUGAAGUCGAUGAAAAUGAGAUCAUGGAUGCAUGUGGCAUCUUUCUGACCAAGUCAACUCGCGGAGAAGAGUUCGGGCUGGCACACAAUACGGUCAAAGAGUUUCUGGAACACAUAGACCCCACUGAUCCAGAGUUCGCGGGAUACCCCCAGUAUUCGUGGAACUCCAUGGGCGCUCUGGGGCUGAAGUCGUCUGAGUGGGCAGGGAACUAUCGAAUCUUUGCCGCGAUGGUCAAGGGUGGUGCUCAAAUGCACGACGACGCCAUCCACACAUUUCGAUUACGGUGUCGGGAGUGGACGAAGUACAAAAAGGAGCAAGCAAGAUUAGAUGUGGCUACCAUCUUGGAGAUUCUUGGAGACAUGGUUUUGCAGGGAGAGGCAGAAGCUUCAGCAUAUCUUACAGCAUUCCGACAUGUUGUCGCAGACAUGCAUGAUAUCGAUGUACCACUGCCUGCUCUUGAGGCUGUGACGGAUGACAUGCUUGUCGAGAGGAUGAAAAAGGCUAUUGAGAGCGACUCCUUGAGCGCCUUGAAGGAAACCGGUCAAACACCACGAGGUCAACUGCUACUUCAGGACGACACGCUGGACGGCCUUCUUGACCACGCUAUGUCAAAUCUGGCCGCCAACUGCUUAAGCUUUCUGCUCGAUCGCUUCUCUGGAUCCGAAAGUGAGAAUGUCAAAAUGGCAAGACUGCUGCUCAGAUGUACGAAGAAUGAGUUCGAGGACGUCCUGGUGAGCCUUUUGAAACAUGGAUCCAAGGCAACAACCACCGAUAGAGAGGGUCGCAACAUCUGGCACCUAUCAACCGGGCGUAAGUCUGGAAGAAUUCUUCAGGUGCUGAUGUCGACGCAUGUCGGAAAGGAAGAUCGCGAAAUAGCGUUGCAUGCACUUGAUAACAUCAAUGGGCGGACGCCACUGGCCAACGCCCUCUUUACAGGUCAUCCGGAUUAUCAUGAAGCCAGCAUCAUCCUCAAACACUGUCAGGCAAGUAAAGACAUGUUACAGAGCGCUCGCCCCUCGGUAAAUGCCAUCAUCGCAGGCAUCGAGUCCUCCAAAACCCUGCAAGAACUUCAUAACCGCGGCGUUCUACCGGUUCCAGGCGAUGAGACGCCUCUGCAUGAUCUACAGCCGAACAUUCUCUAA